GGGACAACAUGUCCGCUCUACUUAUAAAAUGUCUCUUCUUAACCGUCUGGUUUGUGCUCCUCGAUUGUGAAGUUUAUCAAGAUCGACCGAAAAUCAAGACUUCAGAUGGCGACUUAAUAUUACAACCGGCUUUGGACAAAAAUAUAUAUCUACUCCCUAAUGGUCCCAGGUCGAAAGUGUUCAUCGGUGACACAGAUCUGCUUGCCUUCAAUCGCAGCGGCCCUAGCAAUGUACCUUCUGGCCCUGCAUCAAACUAUGAUACAGGUAAUUAUCGAUCAGAUAUAUCCGACAUGUUACGCAGAUUAGACAACCUAGAGAGUCGUGAUAGCCUGUCGACAAAUAAUGCUCAAAUUAACAUGUCAAUGAUAUGGAGAAGAACAAAUAGAAUGCUCACCAGAAUAUCCCAUCUCGAAGCCCAAAUCAGCUCAAUGACGAGAGAUGGGUGUCAAUCAAAUCCAUGUGCUCACGGCGGCACUUGUUUAACGUUAGUUGGAGGCUAUCAUUGCUUAUGUCCAUCUAAUUGGGAAGGAACCGAUUGCGAUGUGGAUGUGAACGAAUGCCGUAACUUUGCCGGAACAGACUUGGGCUGCCAGAAUGGCGCCUCUUGUAUCAAUAAACCCGGAUCGUAUGAAUGUCAAUGCAAGUUUGGGUGGUUCGGCGUCCAUUGUACUCGAAAACAGAAAGAUUGUUCCGGUGGUAACUAUGAAAUCUGCGGCCAUGGAACUUGCGUUGAAGGAAAAACCGGAACUGGUAUUACGUGCUUCUGUAAUCAGGGAUGGACGCAAAACGACACUGGUUCUGCGUGUUUGAUAGACGUCAACGAGUGUGAUCCCAGCCAAGGUCUUCAUUGCUCCGUAAACCCAAAAGUUGACUGUAUAAAUACCCCGGGAUCGUUUAGGUGCGGCGCCUGUCCAGCUGGGUACGAAGGUGACGGCUAUGUUUGCUCUGAUAUUGAUGAAUGCAUGACAAUCCCAAACGGAGGCUGCAGUCCGUUAGUCACAUGUCAUAAUACUAUUGGCUCUCGUAUAUGUGGAAAUUGUCCACCGGGCUAUAUCGGAGAUGGAGUUACGUGUAACUGGAGAGGCACGUGUAGUGUUAACCGUGGCGGUUGUCAUCCCUCGGCUCAAUGCAUCGACAACCCCGGUUUCCUUGGACAGACAAGUCCGUGCGUGUGUCCCGCCGGCAUGGCAGGCGACGGUGUGGGACCCCACGGUUGCUACGUUUCGACUGAAGGCAAUUCUACUCAAAGCUGCGAAAGUAAACCGUGUGUUCACGGACGAUGUCAUGUUCUACGUCAAGGCUACACUUGCAUCUGUUACAAUAGCUACGGCGGUCCUCACUGUGACGCACCGACUGACCACUGCACAAGCAACCCUUGCUACAACGGUGGAGUUUGCAGACAGGAUUCCAGCGUGAGUAAAGGCUUCAGAUGCGAAUGCUUAGCGCAAUACACCGGUGAUCUGUGCGACACUCAAGUACGUACUUGCGGCGGCAUAUUGGACAACGAAGAAGGUAGCCUUUAUUAUCCUUUGCACAAUAGUUCAUAUAAUCACGACUCCAAGUGCGCUUGGGUAAUCCGUACAGUUCCUGAAAAAGUUAUUAAUGUGACUUUCAGUAAAUUUAAUUUAGAAGAAAAUCCAGAUUGUAAUUACGAUUUUUUGCAAAUACACGAUGGUCGUACAUCCGCAAGCCAACUUAUUGGAAGGUUUUGUGGGAAUACAUUUCCGAAAGGAGGUAAUAUAAUUUCUAGUCACAAUUAUUUAUACUUCUGGUUUAUAUCUGACAGUUCAAUUAAUAAAGACGGAUUUGCUUUGCAUUGGACUAGUAUUGCUCCGGUUUGCGGUGGGGACGUAGACGCAACUAAACAUGGACGUAUUAGUUCCCCGGGCUCGCCCGGCAAAUAUCCUCCCAACAGAGAUUGUUACUGGCACUUGCAAACCAAUCUUAACAAACGAAUACAACUACAUUUUUAUGAACUAGACAUAGAAAAGCAUUCUAAUUGUAGCUUUGAUUAUAUUGCCAUUUAUGACGGAGAACACAGCAGCGACCCAUUACUCGCUAAAUAUUGCAAUUCGACCCUUCCGGCGCCUAUCCAUUCGGUUGGCCCAGAUAUCCUCAUUCACUUCCAUUCUGAUGCGUAUGGGGCCGGAAACGGCUUUCAAAUAUCGUUUGCUCCUACCGAGGGACACCCGGGAUGUGGCGGCACGUUCACUAUGGAGAAAGGAGAAAUCGUCUCGCCAUCAUUUAAUGGCUCAUAUCUGCACAAUUUAAUAUGCGACUACAAAAUUCAAACUGGCCCAGAAACUAAAAUUCGUAUAACUUUUGUCUCUUUUGCAUUAGAACGCUCAUUUCGUUGUAGGUAUGAUUAUCUUAAAAUUUAUGAUGGACCCUCGCCCGAUUCGAGACUGUAUGGCAAAUUUUGUGGCAAUACAUAUCCAAAAACCUCGUUUAUAUCUUCAUCUAAUAGUAUUUUUAUGAAGUUUAAUACCGACUAUAACAUAGCUUCUGGGGGUUUUAAAAUAAUAUAUGAAUCAGUCUGUCAACACACAAUACUCGGAGAUAGUGGUGUCAUUAAGUCGCCAAGUUACCCUAAUAAUUACCCAGCUAAUAGAGUAUGCGAGUAUAUCAUCCGUACGACUCCAGGUAAAGCGAUAAUAUUAACUUUCCAAGAUUUUGAUCUCGAGGAAACCGGAGGUAACUGUCGCUACGACAAUGUUGAGAUACGCGACGGUCCUGAUGCAAACUCGACUUCGAUGGGCAGAUUCUGUGGAGGCUCGGAGCACAUGCCACCCCAAAUGAUAUCUACUCAUAAUUUCAUGUACAUUAAAUUCAGUUCCGACAUGAGCCUCUCCGGUACUGGCUUUUAUGCAAAUUACACAACAAUGGAAACAGAAUGUGGAGGUAUAUACAAAGAUAAUACUGGGCUCAUAAAUCAUCCUAAAUCAAUUAAUGAGAACUACGAAAAUAGCCAAACUUGUACUUGGAUUUUAUCAGCUCCAGAAGGAUUUCUUAUAAAACUAACUUGGAAUAGAUUUGACUUGGAAGAUAUGGAAGACUGUGAUAGUGAUUAUUUACAAAUCAUUGAGUUCGAUGAUACUAAUCAGAAUGAUGAUUCGCAGAAAUACUGCGGUACCACUAUGCCACCUGCCCUAACUUCUACUACUAACCGUCUAAUGCUGAGGUUCCAUUCUGAUACCAGCAUACGGAAAACUGGUUUUUCCGUACUGUAUUCUUUCUUAGACGCGAAAAGACAUUGUGGUGGACAUUAUAUCAAAACUCACGGCUACAUAUAUUCACCAGGAUGGCCUAACCAAUAUGAACGAAAUCGUGAUUGUACUUGGACGAUUACAGUACCAGUUGGUCAACAAAUUAUUUUGAAUAUAUCUCAGCUGGAUCUAGAGCAACCAAUAAGAGGAUCGUGUAAUAGCGGAGACUUUUUGGAAAUUAAAAAUGGUGCGUUAGCGAGCUCUCCAUCAGCAGGAAAAUUCUGCGGAAGUUUCCAAUCCAAAACUAUAAAAUCUCUCGGUAACACUAUUUCUCUUCAUUUUCAUUCUGACGGGUAUUUACAAGGACGAGGAUUCAAAGUUGAAUGGGACGGUACAAUCACAGGUUGCGGUGGCACACUCACGAGUGCGUCUGGAUCAAUAUCUUCUCCGAACUAUCCGCAGACCUACAACGACAACGCAGAAUGCUUCUACAAAAUAGUGACUAACCCUGGGUCACGUAUUCAAAUAUCCUUCGUCGAUCUGGACUUAGAACGGACAGCCAAUUGUAGGGACGAUUACGUUGAAAUAUUCGAUGGUCUUACAGUAAAUGAUCCCACUUUAGGUAGGUACUGCGAAAAGACCCCUUCCGUAAAUAGAAUACUAACGUCAUCGAACUACGCCUACAUUAAAUUUAGGUCAGAUAUAUACAUUGGUAGCAAAGGAUUUUAUUUAAACUACAAUACUGUCUGUAACAACAAUAUAACUGGCAGUUACGGUGUUUUAGAAAGUCCUGAUUUCCCAGGUCAGUAUCAGGGUAGUUUAAGCUGUUUGUGGACUAUUACUGUUCCAAAAGGACACAAAAUUAACGUUACUUAUACGCAUUUUGAUAUAUACAAAUCAUUAUACAUCAGACGAUAUCCGGUAUAUGAUAGCAUGUCAGCGACAAGGAGUUAUCCGCCUUGGGGUUGGCCUCAACGUGGAAUCAUGAAUGUAGACGAAUGUGGUCAAGACUACUUACAAACCAGACAAUUACCUGAUACUGAAUUUUCUAAAAAACUUUGUGGUACUACAGUUCCAGCUUCAUUCACUACUAAGCGUAACGUUUUGCAAAUUAAACUAAUGACAACCGGUUUUAUGUCAGCCACCGGCUUUCGAUUGGAGUGGGUGAGACACGGCUGCGGAGGAAAUUUACAAAAAUCAUAUGGGACAUUUUCAUCGGAUAUAAAUGAAUUGUCCGAUGAAGAGAUGGAAUGCGAAUGGUUGUUGCAAGCACCUCUUGGCAGAACCAUUACUAUUACAUUUACGAAUAUAUAUUUAACGGAAACCAACAAUUGUACUACUGAUGCAAUUGAAAUUUAUAGUGGACCAACUGUGAGCUCCCCGCUGGUUACAAAGUUAUGCCGUCGCCAGUCCCCCCCUGUAAUCCAAUCAAAUAGCAACAUUUUGCUUAUACGUUACUUGAAAAAGUCGAACCUCAGGGGAGCGUAUUUUAAAGCUCAAUACAGCAGUUAUCAAAGCGGAUGCGGCGGUAGAUUUAAUUCGCCGACAGGAAUGUUUAUGUCCAAAAAUUAUCCUCAAAAUUAUGACACAGACACAGAUUGUACUUGGCAGAUCUCUGUUUCUAAAAACCAUCGCAUUGAAAUUAAUUUCCUAGACAUAGACCUCUAUUCGACAUCCGAAGAUGACGACUGUAAUGAUUUUAUCAAGAUUUAUGAAGGUUAUAAUGUAUAUAGUAUACAUAACCACAAAAAUAAUUAUUCAAAGCUAAUAUGCCCUAGGUCCGGAGUUACUAAUUAUAUAUCAAAUACUAAUACAGUAGGUGUACAGUUUGUAUCCAACAGUUUUGGAACAUCUAAGGGUUUCAACGCCAAUUUUUCUAUGACUUGCGGAGCGUAUAUCACGGCUGAUUCCGAUGGUAUUAUCACCAGUGAUAAAUACUUAAAUCACUCAAACCGAAGUUGUACGUGGACUUUAGUAGCGCCAAGACCCGAUCAGAAGAUUACACUUACCAUAACUCACAUUUCAAUACCUAAAAAUUAUGAUACCGUUAAUAACAGGAACUGCCCUUCGACCUACCUUAGAAUUCUAGAAGGAAAUGACGAAUACGGUCCCGUUAUUGGUGAAUAUUGUGGGAAUAAAGUACCUCAGAUGAUAGUGAGUCAAGGAAGUGCUCUCACUCUUGAACUAGGCACUUACAACAAUAAUAUCACUGGUCAGUUUUCCGCUCACUACACUAGUCUCAGCAAUGCUUGUGGAGGAUCAUAUACAUCGGAACAGGGUACAAUAGCUUCCCCUAACUAUCCUCUAGCGUACCCAGGCAGUGCGGACUGUGAAUGGAUCCUCAGUACAUCACCGGGCAACAGAGUGUUCGUUAUGUUUGAAAAAUUCGAUUUGGCAUUUUCCGAGGGCUGUAAUGAAGACUACCUUGAAUUACGAGAAAAUAACGGAGCUGGUCAGUUAUUAGGAGUAUAUUGUGGCAACCAGAUACCAACAAAUACGACCAGAGCGACGAAAAUAUAUAUGAAAUUUCACAGUGACAGUAAAAAUUCAGGAAAAGGGUUUCUAGUGCAUUACGGUUUUCUGCACGGAAAUGAAAUCAUUGGCUUAGAGAAGGGUGAGAUAACUUCUCCACUAUAUCCUGCUUCAUAUGAAGGAACUGGUGAAUAUACUUGGAGAAUUAUGUCGACAGAUGAACCCUUGUCUUUGACUAUAGACCGUCUUGAAAUACAUACAUAUGGAACACGCUGCUCAAACUAUUUGGCAAUAUACGAUGGAUAUGACGAUACUGCUCCGCUCCUGCAAGAACUUUGUGGAAUACAGAUCGCUGCGAAGGAAAUCAAAACAUCUAGAAGUGUCGCAUUUAUUAAACUAAAAUUAGAUAACUCUAACACUGGAACUUUAUUCCACAUACGAUGGGCUAAAAGUUCUAGUGAGUCCGAAUCAUCUGAAACUAUCAAUUGUGGUUCUAAUAUAACUGAACUGGUUCGACCAGGGAGAAUUGUCACUGUAAAAUCUCCCGGUUAUCCUGAGCCAUACGCUGAUGACUUAAUGUGUGAGUGGAUAUAUAAAUCUCUACCCGGCCAACAUUUAGCUUUGGAUUUUAUUGACUUUCAACUUGAAGAAAGACCGAAUUGUUUUGCUGACUACGUUACCGUAUUAGGAUCAGAUACCGGUAUGCAAUGGACACCUAUUAAAGAAUAUAUAUGCACAAAUGAAGCUACCCGAAAAAUCAACAUUGACACUUCGUUCAUGAAACUAAUUUUCAAAAGUGAUUACUCAAUGACUGAAAAGGGUUUCCAUGUCCAUGUGUCUUCAAGAUGUGGUGGUCAUAUAUCUGAACCGUCAGGUGAAAUUGGAGUGACUUGGCAAGAGUUAUCACAAGGAUACCUACCAAACAUAAAAUGUCAGUGGAGAAUAAAAGUUCGCCCAGGUCGAGUGAUAAAAUUCAAGUUUGAGCAGUUCAACAUCACCAAUAGGGACAAUGACUGUUAUAAGUACGUUACUGUUCGUAAUGGUGAUUCUGAAGAAGCUCCUCUUUUAGGCAGUGGUAAAUAUUGCGGGUACUCUCAUGAAAAGCGCGGAGAAUUUGAGACGUCAAGUAACGCUCUCUUUGUGACUUUUAAUAGCAUACGAAACCAAGGACAGGUGCAAACUUUUCGAUUGCGCUAUGAGGAGAAGAAUAUAGAAUGUGGAGUGACAUCCAAAUUAGAUACUGAUCAUAGCUGGGAGGUCUUCAAUACUCCCAAUUAUCCCUCCAUUCCACUACCAUAUUCUGAAUGUGUUUGGAUUUUCAGUGGUCCUGUGGGAGAAGUGUUAAGACUAGAUAUUUCUGACUUUGAUUUGAAAUACGACACUGAUUGUAGAAAAGAAGCUCUUGAAGUUAGAAAUGGUGUAUCGAGUUUGGCUCCACUCAUAGGAAGAUAUUGUUAUGACAAACCUGGAUCGAUCAAGUCUACUAGUAAUAGUCUAUAUAUCAGGUACGUCACACAAAGCGAUAUUCCAAAUCGUGGGUUGAGAGCUAACGUCUCAAUAGAUGUUUGCGGUGGAACGAUUGUUGCUAAUUCUGGACAAAUAUCGUCGCCUGGAUAUCCUCACUUAACUCCACUUAGUGAAGGUACAAUAUGUGAAUGGCGCAUAACAGGAUACCCUGGCUAUGUUUUCCAACUGAAACCACAGACUAUGGACUUGCCUGAAUCUGUAGUUUUAUGCGCUACCAAAGUAACUAUUUCAGAUGGCAUUGGAAGUCAAUACAAUACAAAUAUAAGAAUAUCGGACAACACGACACUAAAAACGUUCUGCAAUGAGGAUACUGAAGAUUUAUAUGCGCCUAUCGAAACAUCUUCUAACGAGGUUAUCAUUAAGUACUAUGUUGGUAAAAAUCUUAUUAUCACAAUCCAGAUUCAAAAGGAUUCCGAUUCACAUUCAACUCGUCCAGACCCAUGUGUGGAGGCUCCAUUACAACACCAGAAGGUUACAUAA